AUGAUUGGGGCCCAUUUUAAAAGCAAAUUUGGUUCGCAAACCGUCUCCAAAGGACAGGACGUGUGGAUUGAGUGCCUAUCAUAUGGCGAGCGGCCGAUAGCCGUCGCCCUAACCAGAGAUGGCCAGCCGUUUGACGCCGGCGUCGAAAACCGGUAUCAAGUGAUCCGUAACGAGACGUCAGGUGUGGACGCCGUUUGGCUGAGGAUACAUAUACUCGACACUACCCGUCGGGACAGCGCUCUCUACACCUGUAUUGCCAGUAAUAAAUAUGGUCGUGAUGAGUUUAAUCAUCAGCUAAUUGUGCAGGAGGCGCCGGAUAUACCGGAAAACGUGAUGGUAAACGAGAUCACUAGUCGUACGGCCCUAUUGUCAUGGCUGGAGCCGUACGCCGGCAACGCUAUUAUCAUUAAAUAUCGGUUGGAAAUGAAACAAUCGCUGAACGGUUGGCAAUCCUCCCCUCAAUCCUCCCCUCCCGGCGAUAACACAGUGGAGUCAAUACCGGGAACCGACACCUCAUAUACCAUACGUGGCCUCAAACCG